ACAAAGUUUUUUUUUAAAAAAAAAAAAAAACACCUUCACACGCAGAAUCUAAAACUAAUUAAAUUAAUUAAUGGCGAACCGAGGAGGGUACGUGACGGUGGCGGCGGAAGAGAUGGAGGAUCUAAGGAGGAGGAACAUAGAGCUCUCGAGAGAAGUGGAGGAGAUGAAGACAGAAAUGAUUAAGUUGUGGCAACGAACGGUGGUGGCGGAGGAGGCGGAAGAGCGACUCUGCUCGCAGCUAGCGGAGCUGGAGGUCGAGUCUUUAGAUCAGGCACGUGACUAUCACGAUCGCAUGCUCUUCCUCAUGGAUCAAAUCUCUCGUCUCUCUUCUUCUUCUCUCGCCGCUUCGUCGUAGAGUUAAAUAUAUAUAUAUAGUCAUGUAGAUAUUUAUUAUCAUAAUUUAUGUAUAGUUGUGUAUGUGUACAUAUACGUUUGGUAUACAUGUAUAUGUUAUGUUUUCAACAUAAAUUAAAUGUUGAAUCAAUUUCUAGUGAAUAAUUAGUAUUUCUGAUAAUUAUUAA